AGAAUCCAAAAUAUGUCAAUAUUUAUUACAAGAAUUGUCGAAUGAAGUAGUUUUCUUAAAAUUUAAAUUCAACAAUGUCGGCCAGACAAGCUAUACAAGUUGGCACCAAAACAGUAAGACCCGUGCUUUCCUUGACCCAGGCAGAUGCAAGAUCGAGAGUUUUAAGCCUUUACAAAGCAUGGUAUCGUCAAAUUCCCUACAUCGUGAAGGAUUUUGACAUCCCAAAAUCAGAAGCACAAUGCAGAUCAAAACUAAAAGAAAUUUUUUUGAAAAACAAGGAUGUUAAGGAUAUAAGAGUUAUUGAUAUUCUUGUCAUCAAGGGUCAGAUGGAGCUGAAGGAAACUGUAAAUAUCUGGAAGCAGAAGGGCCAUGUUAUGGCAUAUUUCAAGCCAACCGAAGAGCCCAAGCCUAAAGAUUUUCUGUCAAAAUUCUUCACUGGACUUGAAUAACUUCCCACAAAUUGAAUAUUUCUUAGAAAGUCAAAAUGUACCAUAGGUUAAUUUCAAUAGAGAAUUGAUUUAACACACAUAAAAUUUUUCUUCAA